CCCCACGGCCGCGGAGGAUGCGGACGGCCCCCGGCGGCGGCGUCUAGCGGCCCCGGGCCCAGGCGCGAUGGUGCAGCAGCGGGGCGCGAGGGCCAAGCGGGACGGCGGGCCGCCGCCGCCCCCGGGGCCCGGGUCGACCGAGGAAGGGGCGCGUGAGCCCGGCUGGUGCAAGACCCCGAGCGGCCACAUCAAGAGGCCGAUGAACGCGUUCAUGGUGUGGUCGCAGCACGAGCGGCGGAAGAUCAUGGACCAGUGGCCGGACAUGCACAACGCCGAGAUCUCCAAGCGCCUGGGCCGCCGCUGGCAGCUGCUGCAGGACUCGGAGAAGAUCCCGUUCGUGCGGGAGGCGGAGCGGCUGCGCCUCAAGCACAUGGCGGAUUACCCGGACUACAAGUACCGGCCGCGCAAAAAGAGCAAGGGGGCGCCCGCCAAGGCGCGGCCCCGCCCCCCCGGCGGCGGCGGCGGCCACCGGCUCAAGCACGGGCCGCAGCUGCCGGGCCGCGGGGGCCGCCGGCCGGCGGGAGGGCCCCUGGCGGGCGGCGCGGCGGCGCCCGAGGACGACGACGACGACGACGACGACGAGCUGCUCGAGGUGCGCCUGGUGGAGACCCCCGGGCGGGAGCUGUGGAGGAUGGUCCCCGCGGGCCGGGCCGCCCGGGGCCCGGCGGAGCGCGGCGCCCAGGGGCCGUCGGGGGAGGGGGCGGCCGCCCCCGCCGUCGUCGUCGCCGCCGCCGCCGCCUCCCCGCCGCCGUCGGAGGACGAGGAGCCGGAGGAAGAGGAGGAAGAGGCGGCCCCGGCGGAGGAGGGCGACGAGGACACGGUGGCGUCGGGGGAGGAGCCGUUGGGCUUUCUGUCCAGGCUGCCCCCGGGCCCCGUCGGCCUGGACUGCGGCGCCCUGGACCGCGACCCGGACCUGCCGCCCCCCUCGGGCACGUCUCACUUCGAGUUCCCGGACUACUGCACCCCCGAGGUGACCGAGAUGAUCGCGGGGGACUGGCGCCCGUCUAGCAUCGCCGACCUGGUUUUCACCUACUGAGCCCACCGUCAGCGGGGCGCGCACGCCCCCAAACCAGCUGUUUACAUACAGGAAUCAGGUAUUGGGGCCCCUCGGAGGGCCGAGGCUGGCACCCCGUCUCCCGCACAGCCUCCUCCCCCUCCUAGACGUGCCCAUCCCCCCUCAGAUCCAGACAUGCCCCGCCCCCCGCAGACACACCCCAAGGCAGCCCAGCCCCCACCCUGCCCUGCCCCCCAAGCCCCUCCCCACCGCGUCCCUCCCGCACAGCCACCAGCAGCCAGCCCCCCUCCCGAGCGGCUCCCGUCCGCGCCUCCGGACCCGCGCCCUGCCCCCUCCCCCGUCCGCCCCACUUUGCACACGCCCCUCCUCGUGGCCGGAGGACACGCCCCCUCGCGGCCUCGCGCAGCCCCCGCCCUCUCGCCGCCUCGGGUCGGGGGCGACGCGGCCGGGCGGCCCCGCCCCUGCGGGGGGAGGGGCGCGCUCCCUCUGAACCCCCGGGGUCCGCCUCUCCGCCUGGGCCCGCCCCCUCCUCGCGCAUGCUUAGUGCUUCUUGGGAGGAGGGGGCUGGUGGCGGUGGAGCUGCACGCCGCGGCCGCUCCGACCCGGGGCGGGGAUGAGGGGGGAGAGGGUGCGGUGACUGUGGAGCGAGAUCCCGAGGAAUCCUUUGAUCUGGGAAUCAGUGGUUUCCUCUCCACCCGACGGGGCGUCACUGCCUUAAUGGGAGGAGCACUCCCAAGUGGGGGGAGAAAGACUAGCUGGCGGGGAAGGGCUGGUCUGGGCCUCGAGCUCUCCCAGGCCUCCCUCACGGGGUCGCCCACAGCACCCCCCGCACGCCACCUCCCUGGACUGCGCGAUGCCUUCUUACAGCCUGUCUUGGGCCCCAGGAACGUCCCUAUUUCUCCCACCCCCCGCCCCCCAAAACUCCAACCCAACACAUCUACCAACUAGUCUUGUUUGGGGAUGGGGGCCUUGCUGCUUGCUCUCCUACCCCCGGGAAGGCCCUUCCACCCCACCUCAGGGCACCCUCUCGGCCUCGGCUCCUCCCUCAGCCCGCCUCCCCUGCCCACCCCGACCCCCCACCGCGGCAGUAUUGGGGCGGCGGGCCGGGGGCGCGAGGUUCCUCGGCGGCCGCGCCAGUGAGGCUGAGGAGAGUGGAGGCGGGCCGUCGUGCCUCAGUUUCUCCUCGUGAGAAGCGUGGCGGGGGUGGAGUGUGGGGUUGCUGCCGCGGGUAGUAAGACGUCAGAUCCAGUUCUGGGGACCCCCGCGACCCUGCCGCUGUGGCCCCCCUCCUCUCCGUGCCCCAGCCCGCCCCCCC